GGCUGGUUGGUGUUAGGAGUGUUUCCCCACCCGGAGAUGUGGUCACGUGACCUGUCAACUUUCACCCAGGAUGUCUCCCUCCUGACUUCCCGUUAGCAACCAAGUCGCGGCGCUUGGUUCCCCAGCAACCGGGAGACGCGUCAGCUGCGUGGAAGCAGCGGAGUUCCCAGCGCUUGAGCAGGAAAGUUCUGGAUCUGUUCUCUGUGACGAGGCUACUUCGUUGACAGUUGUGUAAAACUCUGCUGCUUUCCACAGCUCCAACCUCUCUGGUCUUCAACAACACUAUCAUCAGGGAAAACGUGAGAGAAGAUGAACCGGCUGUGUGACUCGAUGGAGCCGAGGGUGAUGGACGAUGACAUGCUCAAGCUGGCUGUCGGGGAGCAGGGCCCCCAGGAGGAGGCCGGGCAGCUGGCCAAGCAGGAGGGCAUCCUCUUCAAGGAUGUCCUGUCACUGCAGCUGGACUUUCGGAACAUCCUCCGCAUAGACAACCUCUGGCAGUUUGAGAACUUGAGGAAGCUGCAGCUGGACAAUAACAUCAUUGAGAAGAUCGAGGGCCUGGAGAACCUCACACACCUGGUCUGGCUGGAUCUGUCCUUCAAUAACAUUGAGACCAUUGAGGGGCUGGACACACUGGUGAACCUGGAGGACCUGAGCUUGUUCAACAACCGGAUCUCCAAGAUCGACUCCCUGGACGCCCUCGUCAAGCUGCAGGUGUUGUCGCUGGGCAACAACCAGAUUGACAACAUGAUGAACAUCGUCUACCUCCGGCGGUUCAAAUGCCUGCGGACGCUCAGCCUCUCUGGGAACCCUAUCUCUGAGGCAGAGGAUUACAAGAUGUUCAUCUGUGCCUACCUUCCUGACCUCGUGUACCUGGACUUCCGGCGCAUUGAUGACCACACAGCAAAGCUUGCAGAGGCUAAGCACCAGUACAGCAUCGACGAGCUGAAGCACCAGGAGAACCUGAUGCAGGUCCGGCUGCAGGACGAGCGGGCGCGGCAGGAGGAGCUGGAGAAGCACAAGACUGCGUUUGUGGAACACCUGAACGGCUCCUUCCUGUUUGACAGCAUGUAUGCUGAGGACUCAGAGGGCAACAAACUGUCCUACCUGCCUGGUGUCAGUGAGCUCCUUGAGGCCUACAAGGACAAGUUUGUCAUCAUCUGCGUGAACAUUUUUGAGUAUGGCCUGAAACAGCAGGAGAAGCGGAAAAUAGAGCUUGACACCUUCAGUGAAUGUGUCCACGAGGCUAUCCAGGAAAACCAGGAGCAGGGCAAACGCAAGAUUGCCCAGUUCGAGGAGAAGCACUUGUCGAGUUUAAGUGCCAUUCGAGAGGAGUCGGAACUGCCCAACAUUGAGAAGAUGAUCCUGGAAUGCAGCGCUGACGUCAGUGAGUUGUUCAAUGAGCUCAUGAUGCUGGAGAUGCAGCUGGUGGAGCAGCUGGAGGAGACUAUAAACAUGUUUGAAAGGAACAUUGUUGACAUGGUGGGACUGUUUAUCGAAAAUGUCCAAAGCCUGAUGGCCCAGUGCCGGGACCUGGAGAACCACCACCACGAGAAGCUCCUGGAGAUCUCUAUCAGCACCCUGGAGAAGAUUGUCAAGGGCGACCUGGACGAGGACCUGCCUGACGACCUGCGCGCGCUUUUUGUCGAUAAAGAUACGAUUGUUAAUGCUGUCGGGGCAUCGCACGACAUCCACCUUCUGAAGAUUGACAAUCGAGAAGAUGAGCUGGUGACCAGAAUCAACUCCUGGUGUACACGUUUAGUAGACAAGAUUCACAAGGAUGAGAUCAUGAGGAACCGCAAGCGCGUGAAGGAGAUCAAUCAGUACAUCGACCACAUGCAGAGCGAACUGGACAACCUGGAAUAUAGCGACAUCCUAGACUAGAUGAGUGUCAGCCACAGGAGCUUCUUCAAAACAUAGCACCAGCCCUAACCAAGAGAAGGAAGUGCACAUGCCCCACCGAGCACCUCGGGAGAGUUGCUGGGCAUCUCUCAACUACGAUCCCCCACACCAUUCUUGCCCCACCCCUGGAAAAACUUCCAAAAGUAGAGAAAAUAAAGGACUCAUGUCACAUUUCCCCUAUUCAU